AUGGAAGAUAUUUUCAUUCUUCACAAACCUACAAAUGAAUUCUUUUAUUUAGAUGUUUCUGAAUCAUUUACAAUAACUGACAAUACUUUAAUACCAUGGGUUGACCUUACUUAUACCAAAGCUCCUUCUAAAGUACAAGCUACAGCGUGUAAUGGUGGAAAAAACAAUGAUAUAAUUUUUAUUUUCGGUGGUUCUGUUUAUAAUCAAUCUUUCUUUAAUCAAUUUGAUACAAGUAAACAACAGUGGAGUGAUAUAAUAUCUGUCGGAAAUGUGCCUACCGAUAGAUAUCUUAUUUCAUGUGCUAAUUUUAAUAAUGGAAUGACCACCAUUUUUAGUGGUGUUAAUAGAAUAAAUGAUCUUUGGAUAUUCAAUUCAUUAUCUUUAACAUGGAAUUUAAGCAAUGCAACAAAUGCACCUCCAUCUCGCGAGGGUUAUAGUGCAAUAACUUUGCCUAAUAAUAAUAUUUUAUAUAUUGGAGGAAAAAAUUCUUAUAAUCCUUUUAAGUAUAUGCCAAUGAAUAUUUUACCGUUAUAUAAUACAAAAUCUGAUACAUGGGAAAUUCUGAGUAUAUCUGACCCAACCCCUCCUGCUCGUAGUUAUUUUUCAGCAGUAUUAACUCCUGACGGACGUAUCAUAAUUUUCGGUGGUGAUAAUGGAACAACUUUCGGUGAUCUGUGGAUUUUAGAUAUUGUAACAUUUCAAUGGUCAAUUGGAAAUAUUUUAAAUCCAAUUGCAGAUCUAACUCUUUCUGACCAUACAGCAACAUUAGUGAAUAAUUAUAUGUUUGUUGCUUUUGGUCGAUUUUCAAAUCUUAGUUAUUCAUCAAGAAUAUUUAUGCUAAAUGUAAAUCAAAAAGACUCAUAUAAUUGGGUUACUGAAUUUACUUCAAAUCUUACAAUUUCAAAUAAUACAAUUCCAAGUGAUACAAACUUUAUCGCUAUAGGUUCUAAAAACAUUAAUUUAAUUAUUGGUGUCAUUAUUGGCGGUGAGGCCAAGG